GGAUUACUCUCCUGUGACCGAUAACCAGAAGUUAUUAGGGAUCGGCGAAUUGAAUAAAGGGAAGUGUCUCUGGAUCGUUGUACUUAAGGCAGUCAUGAAGACAGAGGUGGAAGACAUGACGAGCGACAGCGUGUGCGAUGGAACCGGGGCGAAUCUCGCCACGCCGGAGACUACCGGUGGCCUGAUAGGACCGGAAAUGCCGGCGAACGUGAUGGAGUGUGGCGGAUGCGGAGAGCGCGUCCGCGAGCGCACUGUCCUCUGCGUCGGCGGUCGAACUUGGCACUCUAGGUGCUUAAGGUGCUUCGCGUGUGCCAGGCCAUUACACGAUCAACACUCGUGCUUCUUGAAGGGCAUGAGGCUCUAUUGCAGGCACGACUAUGCUCUAACAUUCGGUGCUAAAUGCGCGAAAUGUGGUCGAAGCGUGGGUGCGGGGGAUUGGGUGAGGAGGGCCAGGGAAAGGGUGUAUCAUUUGGCGUGUUUCGCCUGCGACGCCUGUUCCCGUCAACUCUCCACAGGCGAGCAAUUCGCCCUCCUGGACGCCAGAUUGCUUUGUAAGGCUCACUACCUGGACGUCGUCGAAGGCAACAACACUUCUUCCGAUGAAGGCGGUGACUCCGAGAGCGGGCACAAGAGCGGUAACAAGGCGAAGAGAGUGAGAACCACGUUCACGGAAGAACAACUGUCCGUUCUUCAAGCGAAUUUCCAAUUGGACAGCAACCCGGACGGCCAAGAUCUCGAGAGGAUAGCCCAUGUGACGGGACUCAGCAAAAGAGUUACUCAGGUUUGGUUCCAGAAUUCUAGGGCGAGGCAGAAGAAGCAUCUGCACACGGGAAAAAUGAAAGGGCAACACGUUCAUCAAUCACCACCAAAUUCUAACGCGUCCACUGGCGAUUUCGGUCGACACAUCAAUUUACAUCUGACCUAUUCGUUUCAACAUCAACAGCAACACCAUCAUGGCCAGCAACCUCCGCAAUUAAGUCCGGCUACGUGCAAAAGUCCCACACCCUCGAUUUAUCAUAAUCAUGGCUCGGAACAAUCGAUGGAUGAACUCUCGCAAGACUCGAUGAUGUUGUCGAUGCCGAACGAGGUUUAAUCGCCG